AUGGCGGAACAAGUUUCGCAGGUUCUAGAAGGCGGCAAAGAUAUUAUAAUACAUUGUACAUGUAAGAUUAAGAAUAAGGAUUAUUCUGUCAGCCUGACAAACACCGAACUAACAUGGCACAUUGCAGGCAACACACAACAGAAAGGAAUACAGACUGUCAGAACAGUGGACAUACUUUCUUUGUCUCUACAGAGCUCAAGAAAACAGGACAGUAACAAUGACAGUGUGUGUGUCUCCUAUGUUAGACAAGAGAAAAAGUACAUAUUGAAAUCAUGUUCUGUUGUGUUCAUAGCUGGUGAUUUACAGUUAAUCAGUAACCUUUAUCAGCAAAUCACCGAUGUGGUAAAAAAUUUUGGACAGAAACCAAAGAGGUUGUUGGUGCUGAUCAAUCCAGUGAGUGGUAGAAGCAAGGGUAGACCUGACUAUGAACAAAAGGUGGCACCCAUCUUCCGGGAUGCUGGGAUAGACACGGAUGUCAUUGGUAUUAUUGUACACUUACUAAAUGGUUUGCUGUUGGUUUUGGUUGGUGGGGACGGAUUGUACCACGAGGCGGUGAAUGGGUUAAUGAGAAAACUGGCAUCUGAACAAGGUCUUAAUGUGGAUGAUCCUGAUGAAACGUUACCAAGUAUUGACCUUCCUAUGGGAUUGAUUCCAUGUGGUACUGGAAAUGGGAUAGCACAUGGAUGUUAUGGUAAUAAAGAUGUUACUACAGCAGCAUUGUCAAUCACAAUAGGCUAUCAGUAUCCGGCGAACAUGAUGAGUGUUCACAGUGGCAACAAGCUGAUUGCUUACAGUACCUUGUUGGCUGGUUAUGGAACAUGGGGUGACUUGAUUUAUGCAGCAGAAUCUAGAAGAAGUCAAGGAGUAUUGAGAUAUCCUGGAAUGAUUUUGCAUUAG